AUGUCCGACGAGGCAGGCUGCGUCCCUGAAGGAGCGUCCCCUGGGAGGAGCCGGACUUUGACCCUCAUCGGGACGGACCCCCGCCGGAGCGGCCCCCCCGCCACGACUUCAGGGAGCACUUCAGGGAGGAGCCGUACGCCGGAGGUCCCAGGAGACACCCCUCUCCUGAUCGCCCCCCUUUCAGGUGGCCUCGCCAUCCGGAGGAGGAGUCCCCCCCCCACCCGGAGGAGCGCCGCGCCCCCCCGCAGUGGGACGGCGGGCGAGGAGCCGAGCGGUGGCGAGGUUUCAGGUCGCGAUUCCCCCGAUUUGACGGCAGGGGGCGCUCGUCCAGGUCGCCGAGGGAGCAGCCGCCCCACGCGGCCCCCCCACCGAGGCGGGAAGACCGGGGGGGGAGCCGGUUCAGGGAGCCCAGCCCCGGGGGGAGGGCAGAGGAGGAGAGAGGGAGGAGGAGCAUUCAGCGGCCCCCCCCCUCCUCCUCUGCACCGCGACAGGAGCCCCCCCUUUAAACGGCACAGAGCAGACUCCCAGGAAGACCACCACCCGGGGUUCAGGGAUCAGGAGGACUUCUGGGGACACGGGGACUCGGCGGACCCCCCCAGAGGGGAGUUUGGAGGAAACGCACGGGAGGACCUUCCCCGCCGCGAAGCCCCCCAUCACAGAGAGGACGUCCACUACAGGGAAGACCCCCGGUUCCGGGACGGCCGGCGGUCUGGACACCUGGUCAUGGAGCACGGUCACCGCGAGCCGCCCAGGUGGGAGGAGUUUGACGGGGAGGCGGGGCCCGGCGGACCCAGACACCAGCGGCGGAGCGAGGAGCGGUUCCGACACGGCUCCAGAGAGCGCCGCCUUCAGGAUCCUCACGAAGCGAGGAGGAGCUCGCCGCCUCCGCCGGACCGGUUCCCCGGGAGGUUCGAGAACCGCGGCGGACCCCCGAAGUACAGAGGGAGGGGCGCUUCUCGCCCAAUGAGGAACCGCUACAAUCACAACCGUGGCGCGCGAACCGGACCGCCCCGGACUCAGAUCCGCUUCCCGCAGUCCUCGCAGGAGUACGAGGAGCUGCCGGAGGAGCACGGAGGAAGGUACCGCCCCCUCAGGGAGGAGCACGUGGACCCCCCGCCGGGCGAGGACAGCUGGGUGGAACAGGACCGGCAGCAGGACCCCGACCCCAAAAUGAGCCGGCACAAGCAGCACGGCUGGAACCGCCCCGAGCUAGAUAGCGGCGGCGCGGCGGCGGAGGAGACGCUGACCAUCAAGGUGGACAUGAGCCGCCCGGCGCCGCUCAGCAGCACCUCCAGCUACUCGGCGGACAGACAGCUGUCCCUGGACCUGGUCCAUGUGGGUCGUCAGCGUCUGGACUUCCUGCCCAUGCUGGAGCACUCUGGGACGUUCCGGGAAUCGAACAUGCACAGCGGCACGUUCGCCCAGGAGAUCAUCUCACUGGUGCACCAGGUCAAAGAUCAGUACUUCAGAGGAGGAGGACUGACGCUCAACCAGCGGUUCUCCGCUCCUCCAAACAGCAGCUGCAGUGAAGACGAGGCGCAGGAGCUGACGCUGGACCGCCGGUUCAGCUCCAACAGAGGCUUCAGUCUCAACAUCAGCUCCCUGCUGGAUGAAGAUGACGAAGCGCCGCUCUUGUCCAGGCUGCCACCUGUGCAGGGCCUGAGCCAGCCGGUCCGAGGUCCAGGCGACCUGAGACACGACCUGGAGAGGAGGCGCCAGGAGAAGCUGGAGGAGGUGAAGGUGACCAUCCCAGGGAGGAGCAGGGCACAGCGCCCCCCGGCGGCAGCCAGUGAGCAUCAGUACAGCAGCAGGAUGCAGGAGGAGAGGACGGGGCCGAGGAGAGGAGCGGCCCCCCAUGGCCCCCCGACCAGGAACCAAGGUUUCACUAACCGAAGACCCAACUUCCACAGUGGCUCCACAGGUUCAGACUGGUGACCAUGUCUGGGUCACACUGGUGGACGUCUCUGGUUCAGACUCUUGGACGUCUCUGGUUCAGACUCUUGGACGUCUCUGGUUCAGACUCUUGGACGUCUCUGGUUCAGACUCUUGGACGUCUCUGGUUCAGACUGGUCUCAAAUUGUGAAGACGUUCCUGUUUUUUAGAUGUUCAUCUCAAACUUUCUGUUCUCACUUCUAGUUGAAAAUAAAUGUUCUUUUGUGAA